GCCUGCGGCCGGGGAGGGUGGGGGGUGGAGACAAGCGUCUGCAUGUCUGCUGAGAGGACGGACACAUAAAUACCUGGACGUCCACUGUCACUUUCAAACUGUCUGCAGGUGGAGGACAGAAGAGGAGGCUGAGACAUGGUCCCACUGAGGCUGGUCGCCUUCGGCCUGCUGGCUGCAGCUUGGUAUCUCACUGGUGCUGCUGAGGGAGAGGUGAUCUACGCCUGUCACAAUGACACAGCUGAGAUUUCAUGUGACGUCGGCAGUAAGAUCAAACUGGAACACAUCCUGUACAAGGUCGGCGUGGGGACGAGGUGCGGGGAGGGAAAACAGCAUCCUGACGACGGGCCCGACACCUUCUGCUCCUUCCCCUGGUCUGAGAUGGUGGUGGAGGAUCUCUGCGGGAACCGGAGGUCGUGUGAGGUCCCCGUCACUGAGCGAGUGUUUGGUGAAUACGACUGUGAGGAGCAGACCCGGUACCUGGAGGUGUCCUAUACUUGCGCCACGCCCCCCCCUCCACCUCCUCCUCCACCUCCUCCCAAACCUGACUGUGAAGACGAAGCUGCUGCUGAAGCCUGAUGAUUUUAAAACUUUACUGUUCAUCUCUGAGGACAGAAGACACAUCGACUCCACGUCCACCGAGAGACGAAGCAGAACCUGGUGUCACAUGUGAAGUGAUCUAAUGUUUGAGUUCUGCUGUUAGAACACAUGUUGUUUCUGACCUGUUUGAUUUCAUGUGUCUGAAUAGAUCAAAUCAUUUGAAGUGAAUAAAAUCCAUGAGACAUCGA